AUGCCGAUCUCCAAGGGUAUCUUUCUGUCUCUUCUUUCCACACUACCGUUGGCCCUCGCCGGUCACCGCAGCCAUCGGUGCGUUGUCCCAUCGUCCAACGGGACCAGAGAUGAUUCACCCGCAAUCGCCAAGGUCUUCGCGCAGUGCGCGACAGACUCCAUCAUUGUCUUCCAGGAAGGUGUCGACUACAAUGUCUUCCAACCCAUCAAGGCAGAGAACUUGAGUAACGUCGAGAUCCGCAUGCACGGAAACCUGCAUCUGCCGCAGAACAUCAGCGCCGUGCAAGAGAUCGUCAAGGCCGGCAACUCUUACUGGUUCACCCUGGAAGGGCCCCGCGUGGACUGGACAGGGUCCGAAGACAUCAACCACGGAUGGAUCAACUCCUACGGCCAGGCAUGGUGGGAUGCGAACCCGCCGAACGGAACGGGCAUCGAGAACCGUCCCCAUCUGCUCAGCUACACCACCAGCGACGCCACCAUCAAGUACAUGCGCUCUCGCAAGCCCAUCGCCCAUAACUGCCGGCUCCAUGGCGAUGACAUCACCGUCACUCACGCCAUUGUGGACGCCUACUCUACCGGUGGAUUCCCCUUCAACACCGACGGCUUCGACGUGGCUGGGACGAACAUUCGCAUCUCCGACAGCGUCAUGUACAACGGCGACGACGCCAUCGCCGUGGGAUCGGGCUCCCACGACAUCGUGUUCGAACGGAACACGAUCGGAUAUCAAAGUCACGGGAUGAGCAUCGGAUCGUUGGGCAAGGAUCCGACGGACUUUGCCAACAUCACCAACCUGCGCUUCGAGGACGUGACCGUCAUCGACGCCCUGUACGCGGCGCGCUUCAAGUCCUGGACUGGCGGCCAGGGCCUCGUCAAAAAUGUGACAUGGAAGAACAUCCGCGUGUUCAACGUGACGUUCCCCAUCUUCGUCACGCAGAGCUACUGGGACCAGGGCGCGAACCGAGGAGACGUGGAUGAGAGCUCAUCCGUCAUGAUGGAGGAUUUCACCUGGUCCGAUUUCACCGGCUCGAUCAACACUUACCAACCGGGCGACGGUUCCUGCGCGUCGGACCCGUGCUGGUACAAUGCCGGGCUCCCAAACCUGCAACACACGGAAGCGAUCAUCCUCGAAUGCAAUACCGCCACGUCCUGCAAGAACUUUGUGACCGAGAACAUCCAGCUGUACCCGCAGAGCAUGGACGCGCCGCACCUGAUCUGUAUGAACGCCACUGCGGAGCUGAAUCCACGUCUGGGAUUUGACUGCAGGAACGGCAUGUACACUGCCCUGUCAGAACGACAUUAG